UAUAUUUUGAAAAACGAAGCUGGUAUAUUCAACAACUUAAAAUGGCCGCACGACAUUUCCGACACCCAUAACCCCGGUCACACUGGCGCAGCGUUUUUUUUGCUUUGGUUGAAAAUACAAUUAAAAAUUGAUUCCGACGUAUUUAAAUAUUCUGCAUCGCCAGCCCUUCUUCAAAAAAAUCUGCGAAUAGCGAGCGGCGGCGGCAUCGAAAAUACCGAAAGAAGCGGAGGAAAAAGAAAAAUUUGCAAGGCUGCGUCUGUGUGAGUGAGCGUGUGCGAGCGCGCGUGUUGCUGUGUGCGUGUGUGUCAGUGCGAGUCUUUUUGCCUCUGGUGCGUGCGCUGUUUUCGUAAAACAAAAAAGGAGAACGAAAAUAGAAGAAAACACACGGGAAAAACUGCAAGGAGAAGGCAAAAAGGCAGCCGCAAAGCAAACACCCAAAAAACACACAACAAACAAGUGCCGCUGCAAUGGAGAAGAGAAUAGAACUGGAGCGACGCGCACGCAAAGUAAAUCAGAUCACAGAGCUGAAUCUGGACAAUUGCCGGAGUACGAGCAUCGUUGGCCUUACAGACGAAUACACCGCCUUGGAAUCGCUUAGCUUGAUCAACGUGGGCCUCACCACACUCAAAGGUUUCCCCAAGCUGCCCAACUUGAAGAAGCUGGAGCUGUCCGACAACCGGAUUUCCAGUGGCCUCAACUAUCUGACCACCAGCCCCAAACUGCAAUAUCUGAACUUGUCCGGCAACAAGAUCAAGGAUCUGGAGACCCUUAAGCCCCUGGAGGAGUUUAAAAAUCUGGCUGUGCUGGAUCUGUUUAAUAACGAUGCCACCCAGGUGGACAAUUAUCGCGAGAAGAUCUUCAAGAUGCUGCCAUCGUUAAACUUCCUGGAUGGCUUUGAUUGCAACGACGAGGAGGUGCAAUCCGAUGGCGAUGAUGACGAUGAGGUCAACGGCAACGAUUCCGACGAAGAAGGAGAUAAGCGCAAUGCCUUCUGUUUGAACGGUUUAGAAAUCGAUUUAGACGAGCUCGAGGCUUUGGAACAGCGCGUUAAGGCGAAAAAGAGUUUGCAGGAAAAACCGCCUCCCCAGUCCAGGGUCGACGAGGUAGACGAGCUAGAUGAGUAUCUCAAAGAGCUGCAGCUGAGGGAGUCCGCAGCUGCUCCAGCCGAAGAAACAUCUGUGAUAAGGGCGACCCAACAGGCCCCUAGCAAUACAAACUUAAAUUUCGCUAUCCUGCUCUAUUGGUUCUUUGCCAUUUUAAAUCUGGCCAAUGCCACAUGUUUUUCCGGCGACGAGGAGUGCGACAGCGAUGAUAGCGAAGAGGAGGACAACGGAGAGGUGUCCUUGUCGGAGGUGUACAAUGACGAUUUGGAAGAGGAUAACUCUGAUUGGGAAGGCGGCGAGGGCGAAGGUGGCGAGGAUGACGAGGACGAGGACUCCGAUAUUGAUGAUGCCGAUGGCGAUGCAAACGAAUCAGCUGCAUCAGUAAAGGGAGCCAAGGAUGGCGAAAAGGCAGGAGAUGCAGAAUCGCAAGCCCGGGGCAAGAAGAGAAAGCAUGAUGGUUAAACCCUGUUCUGUCGCUGUAUCGUCUUUGUACGUUAUAAAUUUAAAUAUACACCCACACACACGCCCACACACAACAACACACAGCCACACACAUCAUAUUUUGAUAGAAAAAGAUGAUUAACCCUUUAGGAAGCCCACAAUUUGUUUCUCUAAAAUGUAAGCUAAGAAAAAUGAAAAACGACAAAAAAAAUAACACAAGACCGACAAAAAACCCCAAAAACCACAAACAAACACGCUGAGCUGAAAAGGAGGAGCAAAGUGAAAGUAAUAAUCAAACAGAGCAAAACAAAAAAUAUGUUUAAGCGAGAAAAAAUCAAGAAGAGAAACCAAGCAAACAACCAAUAAAAGGAAGCACUAUAGCCUCAUCCGAACCCAAGAUCCAGUUUCAACACCAUCGGCAGUUAGAUUUGCAAUCCGAUUCACAUUGUAAAAUUGCUUAGCCCUAAGUUAUCGAGUAUAUAAUUACAAACCUGUACAAUUUUUAACCAUCUAGCGUCUUGCUGUUAAAUUUAAAGAACCAUCAACCGAAUCGCAGCUUUCCGAUGGCGUUAAAUAUUUUAUUUGUACAACUAUACUUUGGCUUUGUCAACGUUUCGCGUGAAAACGAUCACACAAUUACUGCUAAGAUCUUUUAACUAACUCUUAAGUCAUUCCUUCUUUGAAUACGCCUAAGUUAAGCGAUAUCCACAGCAACUUUCAUUGUUACCCACCUCCCCGACACACAAACCUGGUCCACGACUCUUUCUAGGCGUAAUGCAUUCAAUUAUGAGCAUCCCAAAUUGUUUUCCCCUUAUGUACUUUUAAGUAAAUCUUUUAUCACAUA